UUAUGUCUGUCAUCAGAAGAAGAAGAAGAAGGCGUCUGUGUUCUCACAGACUGGUCAUAGCGCUGGGAACCGAGUGUUUUAGAGAAAUAUCUAACUAGUAGGUUAAUACAUAAAGUGUAACUGCCUGCGGUCUCUGCGGGGAGUGAACGCUGGACACAUCCGCUGGUUGACCGCGGGGCGCAAGAGAAUCUUUGCGGGAGGAGAUGUACCGCGGUCGGCCUCCUCCGAGGGGAGGCUACCCGCUGCCUUUCGAAGGCCGAGGACCGCGGCCUCCAAGGCCCUACCCGGCACCGGACUACAGAGACGACAGGAGCCGGCCCAGGCCGCCCUACCACCACGGCUACCAUGACCACGGGCACCCGGACUCCUACCGCCGCUCCCCGCCGCGCAGGAGGUACCCUUCCCCCGGGUCAGGAAGUCACCGAGGCGGGGAGUACUGGGCCGGUGGUCCGCCGAGAGAGAGGUCUCCGUCACCACGUGGGCCGAUUCCCCUGAACCACAACCUGGUCAUCACCGUCGGCAACGAGUUGAACGCACCACCUGGCCCCAUCCCUUCGCGCCAUCAUGACAGAGACUACCCUGCUCGACCCGAGUACGAGCGGAGCCGGAGCAGGGGCCGGAGUCCGGACCGGAGCCGGGCCAAGAGUCAGGGCCGGAGCAAGAGCCGGCCCCGCAGCCAGAGCCGCAGUCCGGACCGGAGCCGGGCCAAGAGUCGGGGACGGAGCAAGAGCCGGGCGAGGAGCAGGAGUCGCCCCCACAGCAGGUCUAGAUCUAGGUCCAGGUCCAGGUCUAGAUCCAGGUCCAGAGGGAGGAGCAGAGGAAGGAGCCGUGGGCGGAGCUUCAGCAAAGCAGCGAGUCAUGCCCGCAGUAAGAGCCGGCAGAGGAGCCGCAGCCGCAGCCGCAGCCGCAGUCGCAGCAUGAGCAGCAGCUCGAGCUCGAGCGGCCGCAGCAGAGACGACAGUGACGAGAAAUCCAGAAAAGGGUUUAAAGAGCUGGAGAUGGCUCGACGCAGGAAGGAGCUGGAGGAGAUGCUGAGCCUGCCGACAAAAUCCAUCCUCAAGAAACGCACCGACUCCGAGGACUCGCCGUCACUCCGAAACGUAGACUCUCCCAGAGGUCUGGAGGGCUCCAGCAUUUCUCGGGUGGCCGACCAGCUGCUGCAGGCGGUUAAAGGCAUGGAGCCUCACAUGGUGGCCUCCGUGCUGACGGAGCUGCGGUCCGACCCACAGAUGGCUCACCGGGCCGGCCUGGACGCCGAGAUCAAAGAGAUCCUGAACCUGCUGGGGGGGGCGGCGGCGGGGGCGGGGGCCAAGGCUCAGAUUAAGACCGUGGACGACAUCGAUGACGAGGAGAAGUUCCUGUACGGAGACUCUGAGGAUCCCAAACCUCCACCAGUGUCUGAGCCAGUCCGACACCACGGGCUGGAUCUGUACGGAGAUGUGACGGAGGAGGCGCUGUACGGAGACUACCCCCCACCGAAAGCUGUCAUCAGUCAGACCUACGGCCUCCCUCCGGGGGCCUCACCUCAGCUCCAGGCCCCUUCCACUGUGGCGGAGGUGGACACGAGGUUCGCGAGCCGGCCCACCAUCAGCCCCGACCAGAACAUCACGGUCCAGGUGUCGAACCCUGCCUACCCCCCGGGCACAGAGCCGCUGGAGGAGAGCGAGCGCCAGGCGCUGGAGGAGUACGAGAAGAUCCAGGACCUGCUGAAGACCAUCGGCCUGGACCUGGGCGUCGCUGAGAUCACCAAGAUGGCUGCCAGGACCAAGGAGCGUCUCCACGGAAACAAACCGCCUCCGAAGACGCCCACGCGCCGCAGACGGUACUCCUCCGGCAGCUCGGAGGGCAGCCGUGGCCGCAGGAGGCAGAGCUGCAGUGGCAGCUCCAGCAGCAGCAGCAGCAGGAGUCGCAGCCGGGGGGGAGCCCGGGGGGGCAGCUGGAGCAGCGACGACAGCCACAGGAAAUCAGCUCUGCCCACAUCCCUCAAAGACAGAGACGGGAAAGAGACGAAGGCCGAGCGGAGCGCCGCAGCACCGCCGCAGCACACAGAGCCGCCGCCACAAAUCCCCGACCCCAAGAGCCUCCCCCCUCACGCCGGGGUGCCCAUACCCACGUACCCCCCCUCACAGGUCCACAGCAUGAUGCCCCCUAACUACCCGCCGCCGGGUUACGGCCAGUAUGGCAACUACCUGCCCUACAUGCACCAGCAGUGGCCACCCAUGUACCCGCCACCCAGCAUGACCCUGCCCCCCCAGACCGCCCCUGACGAGUUCCCCCCCACCCUGACAUACAAGCAGCCCUACAACAAACUGGCCCCUGAGCUUGGGGCCAAAGGUUCAGUGAAAACUUGUGUUCAGGACACUGAAAAGGGAAGCUCUAAACUCAGCAACCACGACAGGAAAGUGUCUGAGGAGCAGAAUAACGAGAGCCAGAAACAAAAGGUUCUGGAGGAGAGGGAGAAGCUGAAGCAGGAGAGAGAGAUCAGGAUGAAGAAGAAGGAGUACCUGAUGAAGGAGCUGGAGAGACUCAGGAAGCAACAAGGUGAGCUCCUGAGGAAGAAGCGCAGGGAGAAGGGUGGUCACAAAGAUCCUCUGCUGCAGGAGAUCAGCCACCUGCAGGAGGAGGUCAUGACUCAGAUCUCAAACCUCCGCAAGGAGCACGAGGCCGCCGAGAAGAAACGCAACGAGAUCGACAAGGUGGCCCUCAUCCUUGGCCUCAGCCCGUCCGACCGGCCCCGCAGGGCCAGCAAGCCUGCCGAGGACCAGGAAGGUGAGCCGCCGACCCCGCCAGAGAAGAAGAAACGGGAGCCGGAGAGGAGUCCUGAGGGACGGCAGGCGUCCAGCAGCUCCACGUUAAAGCAGACCUCGGCGGCGCGGUCGUCGUUGAAAGCAUCCCCUGACAAGCCGCCCAUAAGUGGCCCUCCUCCAACCCCGCCCCCGGAGCCGUUUGAAUACUAUGACGCUGGAAACCACUGGUGCAAAAACUGUAACGUCACCUCUGGAUCCAUGUUUGAUUUUUUCACGCACUUGCACAGCAAAACGCAUCGAAAGACUCUGGACCCCUAUGACCGGCCCUGGGCCUCAACUCCCACCAAAAUCGUCAAGAACAUGCCACCGGAAGAGAAACUGACAAAACCUGCCAAAGGUUCGGAGUUCCUGCUGCCUGUAAGAGGAUUCUUCUGCCUCCUGUGUAAAGAGUUUUAUGGAGACGCCAUCUGUGCAGAAGAGCACGUCACCACGCAUGCUCACAAUGAGAAAUACAAGAAACAAAUGUAUGAGAAUCCACUGUAUGAACAGAGGAGGAACCUGGACCGCCAGGCAGGACUGACCUUAGAGACGGGGGGAAAGAAACGCAAACAUGAGGACGAUGACAAAGGCAGCAAAGACAAGGAGGAAAAGACCAAACACAAAAAGGAGAAAAGGGACAGGGAGAAAAAGAAGGAAGAUGAUGAUGCUGCACAGGAGGAGAAUUCUAAAGUUAAAAUGGAGGAAGAGGAGGAUAGCUUGAAGCGAAGCAAGACAGGAGAGGAUUUUAAAAUUGCCAAAAGCCUGGAAGAGGAGCGGCCUUCUUACAGCAAGAAAGAUGAGGAUGAAAAUUAUAAAUACAGCAAAAAGGAUGAUAAAUACCGCCACAGCAAAGAGGAAGAGGAGAGGGGCAAAUACAGCCGAAGAGAUGACGACGACCGAUACAAGUACAACAGAGAAGAGGAGUAUCGGUACCGGUAUCGCAGGGACGAUGAAAACAGAUACGACAACCAGCCCAAAUAUGGCCCGCGGGAUGAUGAGGAUAAGUAUAAAUGUGGUAAAUACUCAGAUUUCAGAUCCAAAUACGACAGAGAGCGUGAUGAAGGGAAACCUAAGGCUGAAAAGGAAGCUUUUAAAAAGCAUGACCUGGGCAGACCAGCGGGGAAACCAGAUGUCAGCAAGCCUGAACCUGCGGCAAAGCCCUAUGACCUGCCCAAAGUCCUCUGUGGACCCAGUCCGGCCAUGAGGGCCAAACUCCGCAAACAGAGCCUGGAAGCCAGCAAGCCAGCUCCUGUGGCCACGACCGCUUCAUUUGGAAAGUUCACGUGGAAGAGGAAGGAGAACAUGCUGGCAAAGGUGGCUGAGAAAGUGGCUGCCGAGUUCAUCAAGGAAGAUGAGGCGGCUGUUAGCCAGCAGCAUCCAGUCUCCGUGGAGGAUUCUUUUGCAAAGUCAAUGGCUGUCGCUAAGGAGAUCGCAGAGAAGCUGGGGGGCCAGCACAACAUGCCUCCUCCCUGGGUGUCCAAUGGCGCCAACCGGGGAAGGAUCCGGCCCAACCUCCCAGCACCUGCUGCAGUCUUGAGGAAAACGACCAUGAUGGGUAAACCUGCACCUCUGAAUACCUUUCUCUCCAUCAGGCCCCAAAACACAAAUUUACAAGGACCUCCUCCAAAAGACGGGCCGAUAAUUUCUGACGGUCUAUCAAAGCCUCUAAAUGCUCAGAACGCACUGCUGGAAACUAAACCUGCGCCGCCACAUGGUAGACCUGGACCAUUCGAGGCUAUGCCUGCCCCAGAAGUGUCUAAACCUGAGCCAUCUGAGGCUAAACCUCCACUGUUUGUGUCCAGACCUGCACCAUUUGAGGUUAAACCUGCACCACCAGUUUCUAAACCUGCAUCAAUUGAGACAAAGCCUACACCGCCUGGAGCUAAGUCUGCAACAUCAGAGGGUAAAACUCCACCAUCUGAGGCUACUCCUGCUCAAUCGGAGGCUAUACCUGCACAACCAGCAAUGAUAAAGAUAGUGUCUGACGUUGCAGCUCCCGGUGUCCCAGAGAGUGAGCAGAUCCGUACAGUAUUCGUCAAGCCGCCACCUUUCAUGAAUAUGGGUGACGGAGCUCAGAAGUCUGAGAAACUUAAGAGUAACCUGGCUGCAGCUAAAGCCCAGGAUUUAUUUGGCAUCUUCUACAGCAGCACUAGCCAUGCAGGUCCCUCUUCCAUCACCAAACUAGCGAAAGACUCCAGAGCUGACAGGAGUAGCAUAAACAAAAGUCCACUUCCAGCCCCACAGACACCAAAACCACAACCUCAGCCUUCGGCCCAAACCCAGUCCCAACCCCCAACUGAGGUCCAUACAUCUCCAAAACUAGACUCAAACGGUUCCCCACCUAGUCCACAGUCCCAGCCAAAAACAGAAAUUCAGAUUACUUCAGUUUGGUCCUUGCAGUCUACCCCAGCUCCAACACUUGAGGCGGCUCCAUCUGAAAUGAAUUCACAAACAACUCAACCAAAACUGACUCCCCCACCUCAGUCUGAGACUCAGAAUGUACUCCAAAACCAGUCUUCGACUUCUAAAUCUGAAUCCCAAAUCACCCCACAAACUGAGCCUUCCGAGCCAGAACCAACACCUCAAAUUCAGUCCCAGUCCAAACUCCCUCCUCAAAUCCAGACCGAGCAGGACACCCAGCCCCAGUGUCAUCCAGAGACCCAUCCUGACACAGCUCCUGAACCUGAACCCGAACCCGAACCCGAACCCAAACCGGGCCCCAAAAGUAGAGGUAAGGCAACUCCAACUAAGAAAACCUCCCCCGCUCCCCGCCCUGUCCGACAAACUCGAUCCCAAACUAGAUACCAGACCCGGCGGCAACAGCAACAGCAGAGCCAGUCUGAGCCAGAACCUGAGCUGGCUUCAGGGGACUCUGACUCGGCAGUUUCAGACCCAAAGGGGCUGGAAACAUCAGACCCUGGCUCCGGGUCACAGCCGGAGGAGGGGACACUGAGCGAAGGAGAUCCUCGGGUGAUGGAGAUCACCCCUGAAACCCUGGGCCUCCCCUCCGACAUGACCUCCCUGGACUUUGAGUAUGAUUUUAACUUUGAGUAGGAGCUGAGCAGACUGAGUGUUGGGAUCUGAGGAGGGGGCUUGUUUAAAACCACUCAUCUAUCCAGGAUGUUCAGACGAUCACAAACAGUCUUUUAUCAGUAAUUUACUGGACUUGAAGGCAGCUGGAAGUGACGAGAGGCGCUGACAGACUUGAGACUUUUAAAACACUGACCUUCAUCUGUUAAAUGAACAGGUUUGACGUUUUCUGAAACCGUUAUGUUCAGUCUCUGUGGAUCCAGUACAGAAACAGGUCCUGGAUGUAUUUGGCCUCGUUUAAAGGAUCAGGCUGGUGUUAUUUUAUCUUUUCAAUAUCAUCAGCAAAUUCCCCUGAAGAUACAAACCCAACAUUAAUUUAUCCUGUGUCUGUGUUGUAUUUGGCUCCACUGUCAAGUUGAAAUUAGUCGAAUAAUCGAUCAACAGAUAAUAAUUAAUCACCUAUUUGGAUAUUUGAUUAAUUAACAACUCAUUUUUCAAGCAGGUUGCAGCUUCCUCGCUGUAAGAAAUUCCUCUUUUUCUUUUUCUUAUAUAAUAGAAACUGUAGUAUUUUGGGGAUUUGGACUGCUGGUCAGACAAAAUGAGGAAUUUAAAGAUGUCACCUUGUAUUCUGGGAAAAUGUUAAGUAUAUUUUCAUUAAUUUCUGAGGUUUAAUAGACACUUAAUGGAGUAUGAUAAUAAAAGAAACAGCAAAUUAAUCAACAAUUACAGUCAUAGUGAGUUGCAGCCACUGGUGUCAAAAAAACACAGACUGUUUUGUUGCAUUUAAUGAGUUUAUUUUAGUUUAUUUUAUUCCUCUCAGCUUGUUAAAGAGGCAGUGAAAAGUGAAACUGAGCUCAUUCUUAUGUUUCAUUUAUUUUUCUGUUUAGACUGAAAACACAGUCAAAAUACACUAAACUUCAUGGCGCCGACAGAAUUACUCACCCAGAGCAAACUGUUGCUCUGGGUGAGUUAUUGCAUAAGGGGAAAGUUCCAAAAGCUACUGGCACUAAAUGGCCAAAAAUAUGUGGACACCUCUCUUUUAGGUCUGGGUUUAUGGUUUGGGUCCCUUAGUUCAGUGGUUCCACCCCGGAUGACAAACUAUUAGCAGGGUAAACUCAAUGUUGGUGUUUGCUCUUUAGCUGAAUUCUUGUUCCUCGUAAAAAUAUAAAAUAACUCGGAGAUGAAGCUGAUCCGUCUUCUCAUCUGGCGCUGGAGAGCAGGAUUUCCUAAAAUGUCGGACUGCUCCUUUAAAGAUCAGCGCGCUGUCUUUGUCCCGUUCUCACAGAUAAAACCGCUCCUCGUUCUAAUGUCUCCUGCUGAAGGUAACGUACUGUACAUGGUUAGUUGUUUCUCUCGUUGUAGAGUCAGUGUCUCCUGUUUAGUUGUAAAUCAGUGACCAGACAUUCGCACAGUUCAGCUGCUGAAAUGAAACUCAAAGCACGGACCAGUAAACAGCUCAGGUCGUUUCAGAGCUGCAGCAGCGUUCACGUGUUAACUGAAGAUCCAGGAUCUGAUCCCUGUAAAUCUGCAUCAGGUUUUCUCCGUUUGUUGUGUCUGAUGCACUGAUCUGUGGUCAGCGUCUCUUUGUGGGUCAGAAUAGAAACAAACUGUUCGUCUUGUAAAAUUUGUCUCUCUAAGUAAAGUUUUAAUAAAAGUUAGUGGGUAAAACCAGGCAGGUCUGUGUGUUGUGAUUAUACAGAGGAUUAGGAAUCAGCUCGAUUUUACUCUAGUUAACGAAAUAAAAUCUUGCGUCGUCUUUUGUGAUCUCCGCUUUUCAGACCACGUUUCUUCUCAUGAAGGAUUUAGACGACUUCCCUCCUCAUCCCAUAAUUUUUUGCAUGAUCAUAAGAUAAGUCUAUUUUAAAAUCUCAGGGAAAUGAAACGUGAGGAAGAACUACACACUCCUGUUCUUUUUUAAAUUGCCAACCAUGUUGGGUUCUCCUGCAGCCUGGGACUUCAUCAAUGGUGAAACAUUAAGUCCAAAGUUAUGGAACAGUUCUGACUGUUAAAGUCAACUGAACUUUUUAAGUCAAAACUAAGACACUUUGAGUUUGAAAUAUUAUGCUGACAUUGUUUGUCAAGAAAUGUCUACUUUUCUCCUCCUCUCAGAAUUUUCAGCUUGUCCUUCCUAACUACCAGAUACCCUCAGAUGUACAUUAAUGCCAAUGUUGGUCCAUGGGAUAAGUCAGAGAAAAUAAUAAUGUAAUCUGUUGUUUGGCCACCUCGUGGGCAAAAGACAUAUUUCGUUGAUUUUCACCCAGAGGUGGCCAAACUUCUUCAUACAACUGUACGUGCAGAGGGAAACGAGUCACCAAGAACUCUCCAUACUUCGAAAUAAUUUGUUCUUUUUAACAACACUGUUAUUCCCCGGUUCACCAUAUUUCCUCCAUGAGUCUGGUGUAAAGUCUUGUUUUCAGGUUGAAUGGAUUCAAUCCACCUCAGCAGUUAUCGGUCUUGUGGUUCACUGAGGUGGUUUUCUGAUUUCCACAGGUGUUGUCAUAAACACAGUGAGAUGUUACAGGUCAGACGUGAAACUGGGCGACAGUAAAUGUCUGAAGGUUAUUGACGAACUCGCUAACAGCGCCGCAUUUUUUUUAACACAAAAACUCUGUCUUGCUCCAGAUGUCUGACGAUUUACAUCCAUCAGCUGUAGAAAUGUUUGUACCGUCGAGGUUUCUAAAACCUAAAUUGACCGUCUGGUGUACUGAUGUUUCUUUUGAAUGCUGUAGUCUCUUUGAUGGUUCAGUUUAAAGGUGUCACCCUCGUCUUAUCAUCUUGUAACAGCUCAUAUGAGUGUGUGUGGCAGACUGAUUGUUCAGAGGUUUUCUUCUACAACUCGAACCAUCGAGGGUGUGGGUUUGGUUUCACAGUCAACGGCGUCGUGGGCGAGUCUCCUGCAGACAAAGGUAAGACGAGCAGCCCUCAAUAACCAUCAGCAGCAGCGAGAAUCGAAAACUGUCAGCUACUCGCAGGGAACAUGUCUCGUUCACAUUCUUCUUCAUCUUUCCCUAUUUUGUGAGUCUAGAUUUACAUAAAUAUUUAGUUUUAUAUCUUACUCAUUUUCACUGUUUUAAUUUUUGGCUAAGUUGUUGUACAGCUAAUUUAGCCUUCUCCCACUUCUGUGGUGCUGCAGGAAGACGAACAGUUGAUGUUUCAUCACAUUUGUGUCAGAUAGAACCAGGAGAACCAAGAGGACCAGUCUGAGAGGACUGGUUCUCCUGGUGCUUGUUGCUGCUCAGCCCAUGACUGCAUUACAGGAACAGAAUUACAGAACCUAUCUCUGAGAUACACGUUGUGUUGACAAAUGUAAUAGUUCAUAUAGACACAGAAACUUACUGAAAUAAUCCUUUAACCGAAGAACUCGGCGAUUUGAAUCACGAGAGGAAACACUGAAGAUUUUUGUAUGAAAUGAUCUGGACAAAUAAAGUUGGA